UCUUUUUGUCUGCCUGUCUGUCUGAACACUUGCUCCUUACCGCCUCCCUGAGGUGGUUAUAAUAAAUAGACAAGUCAAAACAUGAAGUGUUCCUCAGUGCGCUCACUCCUUCUCCACUGUGCCACUGUCAUCACUCCAGCGCUGAGACUCUGUCUCUAUGCCUCUUACUUUGACAUAUUUUUUAUUUAAGCCUACCAUGAGUGAAAUAUUUUUGCGUUAUAUCAAUGGAGCUUUGACACAAUUCAAUAAAAGUGCAGCCUGCCUUUGUUCGGACAUCUUUUUAAAUAUUAACAAGUUGUCAUGUCAUCUCUGACUGGAAGAGGAGAGAGAUUUCCUGCCUCGGUCAGAGGAACACACUGGAGCUCAGAAGUACAGCAUCAUUGUGAGCCAGUUUGCUUUUCUGCAAGUAUUAACGGGAAAGACUACCAACCCAAGGAGCGUCUUACUCCAGAGGGUGCCGGGGGGACCAGAGGCGACCCACAUCGGAAUAUGUGCCAGAGAGCAGACGCCGUCCCAUCAUACAAGUCCCUCCCUGGAGCUGUAGGAGACCGCAUCAGGAGUACAAUGUCCUUUGGUAGUGGGACUAUAUGUCGAGGCGGUAUGUCGGCGAAUCCUGGCUUUGGGAGGUCUGAAAGGAAAGUUGCGUGUUGUGAGAAGUGCUCGGCGACCCUUGUUGCUCUGAAGAAACAAGCUCUGAGUCUGGCUGUUCACCAUCACUUCUCCUGCAAGGACACUAGUGACCUGUCUGCAUUUCUUCACGACAACCUUCGUGUCCAUAGUCGGUCUACCACUGAGUCCAGGGACAGAGACAGGGAGCAGGGUGAGUGUGGAACCUGCGGCAUUAACCUGAACCAGCUCAAACAAGAGGCCAUCCACUUGGCUCUGAGCAGGGGUCAGUCAUUAGCUAAGCCUCCCUUUGAACCCAGCUUUAGCACUGGUACACUGCUGGGACAAAGUGAGACAAAGCAUGGAGACAGGGCUCCAAGGGAAGCUGUCACGGCUGUGCACCAAUCGCGCAGUCGCACCCACAGUCCUCACAGCCCGAGAAGCCCGAGGACGCCUCAGAGGACCCCUCAAACACUCAGACGGAGGGGGCCCAAGCUCCCCAACCCCGAUAUGGACCGCUGGGUAGAAGAGCAGCAGCAGAUGGUCGCUUCUAAAUCGGUGUCGAGCACUGAUAGGGUCAGCAUCUACCCUCACCAUCAGGCCGCAGAUGCUGCUGCACUGAGCUGUUGUGACGCCGGGAUCGUACAGACUAACUCGAAGAUCCCUCACAUAUCCAGAGUGGUGACUAUCGCCAACACUGCUGCUAUGUCUCUUUUAGCCAGGGCAGCCGAGAAGCUCAACCUGACAUCGAGGAAAAAAGGCCAGGCUUCUGAUCCAGCUCCUGCUCAUCUCUCCACCUGCUUCAGGGAGCUGAUCCAGAAUAACCCACCACCCGUCCCCUCCUGCCUGCUCCAAGCUGCCACUAGAACCAAAGACUCGCCCAAUGUUGGCAAGGUCAAAGUCGUGCUGAGGGUGAGCCCAACGCUGUCAGAGUGCCAACGCCAACCACCUGUUCUCCGGACUGACCCGUCCAAGAAAAGAGUCACUGUAAUGGAACCAAUCAGCCAAAGCAAAUCAUACUCUACAAUGACACUAGACAGGGCUGGAAAGAAUUUUCUGAAGACCUUCAGUUUUGACGCUGCCUAUCCUCAAGAGUCAAGCCAGGCUGAGGUGUGUGCAGGCGUCUUGCCUGACGUCAUCCGCUGUGUGCUCAGCGGCAGCGAUGGAUGCGUUCUGGGUUUGGGUUGUGCCGAUGUGGGCUCCUGGUCCAGCAUGGUGGGAAGUGGUGAGAGCAUCCAGAAGCUCGGGCUGAUUCCAUGUGCCAUCUCCUGGCUGUACAGUGCCAUCGAGCGGCGGAGGGAAAAGACCUGGACCGAUCUGACCGUAUCAGUGUCUGCUAUAGAGCUCUGCUGUGGAGAGGAGGACACACUGAGGGAUCUACUGGGGGAAGUCGUCCCUUCAGCUGGCAGUAUCCAGGACAGCCCAAAAGCCCAUAUUAGGCUCCAAGAGGACCCAGUCUAUGGGAUUCAGCUGCGUAACCACAACCGGGUAAAGGCCCCCACUGCUGAGCGGGCUGGUUCCCUCCUGGACGCAGCCAUUGCAGCACGUCGGCACAAUGACUUCAUUACGUACCUGUCCGACAGCUCCAUAAUGUUCUUUACUCUUCACGUCCAGCCGCCUCGUACAGAAAGCAGCACCAUUGGCAAAGGUUCGCGUGGCCCAACUAAGUUGACCCUGAUUGAUGUGUGUAGCGGUAUUAGGGGUAUGACCAAAAAUAAACCACCAUAUUCAGAACUGGGGCCUGUUGUCGUGUCUCUGCUAAGUGGACAUAAAACCACCCCAAACAAGGGUAGUAAGUUGACUAUGCUCCUUCGAGAGUCCUUGGGCCAUGUGAAUUGCCAUACCACAGUGAUUGCUCAAGUUGCUGAUUCAGUGGCUUACCUUCAAGAGACCUUAUCCACCAUCCAGCUGGCUUCUCGCAUCCGCAGGACACAGAAGAGAACAAAGCAGUCCACCUCAUGUUCUCCAUCUGGAAGGAGUUUGACUAAAGAUUAUGGGAGAGGCCCUCAUUGUUUGUCCCUACGGGCGUUCCACUCCACCGAAGAAGUAGAUGUUGACAUCCCUCGUUUCCGUUUACGUGGUGAACUGGAUGAGCGCUCUAGUAGUGACCAGUCCUGUGACACAGUUAUCCAACUUGACUCGGAUGGCUUGGUCCAGUCCAAAACAACCUCAAGGCUGGCACAACCUGAAUUUGUGCCCAUCAUACCCUCUUUGCAUCCUAACAAGGCUGACAUGGAUGAUCCAGAGUUUACUGCUCUGCUCCAAGAACUUCUGAGAAUUCCUAAGCUGCAGGGAGAGAAGAAGAAUGAGGAAACUGCUCAAGGGAAUACUGAAGUACUGAAAGCAGACAUGAAGGAGCCAGGGAGGGACUGUCUUAAAUGUGAUACAUUUGCUGAACUUCAAGAGCGCUUGGGCUGUAUCGACGGAAGUGAGAUUACAAUGGAUAUGCUCAAGUCUACCUUUAAUGGACUUCCUGUUAACAAUGUACCAGCCAAAUCACAACCCCAGAAAGACACAGGGAAAAAGACAGACAAGGAACCAUCAGAAACACCACAGACAUUGUUGAAUCAGGGUAUAGGAUGCAGUCAGACCUCUGUUGGAGAAAAUCAAACAGAUGGCGCCUUCCCUGGGGACAGUUUUCAGAGAGAGGAUUCGGGUCUGUAUGACUGUGAAGAGUGCAGUGCGACCAGUUCCAGCGAGGAACUGCUGAAUCAAACUCUCGGUCGUAACAAGACCUGUCGCUCUGAGCUGCCCAAAAGUGGAACUCCUAAGUCUGAUAAUAAUCUGUCCUCUCGGGACUUUGAUGUGGAUGCUCGCAGCAUGGCUGUCACAAGCUCCCUUGCACUUCAGCCUACAGUUAAGCAGGAGUGUCCUGAAGCUGCUGAUUGGUUCAAACCAGACAAAAGGACCUCACCAGUUGGCAAGAGCUCCCCCAUAUCUCCGCCCUCCUCCUGCUCCUCUUCACACUCCUUGGCUACCAGUGUUAUACUUGGGGAUGUCUUACCUAAUCGCCCCACAGAGGACAUUAAAGAAAUGAAAGCCACUAUCACGGUAACUGUUCAACAGCCACUCGACCUAAAAGGUCAAGAUGAACUUGUCUUCUCUAUGGUGGAGGAGGUGACCAUCAGUGGAGAACUGAACAGAGGGAGGACAGGUGGAAACAUUAUUUGUAUCAGAGACACUGCCCAGUCACAGGCACAUGUUCAAGGCUCUGCUGGCUCUCAACCGAUCAGGAUAAUCAGCAAUGUCAGUGAAGAAUCUGUAGCUACCUGUUCCUCAAAUACAAAUAAAAGCUCUGUAGUUCAAUCUGUAGCCAAAGAGGCUAGCACUGAAAUGCCCCAGUGUGAAUUCAGAAAGGAAAAGAGGUCCUUACCUUCAUUUAUAAAUCUUAUGCUGAUUAAUACAGAUAUGGAUUGUGAAUUGAAUGGUGCAAAAGAGAAAGAAAGUCCUCUUGACACUGUUACAGGAGUCAAGUCAAAGUCUGAGCUGAGAGGGAAUAAAGUCAAAUGUCCAAAAGAUAGGAAGGCUCUCGAGAAGAGGAGUGGGACUUUUGUUUCUGAGACACAUGCCAAAAAGUAUGAUAAAGUAUGCGAUCCACCUUAUCACCCGGUGGUUUUGGAAGAUUCAGCUUUCUGUGAUGAACCUGCAGAAAACAAAAUGUGUGGAAAGAGGCCGAGAAAUACAGAGAAGAGUCACCCCAGAGACAAGGAACAUGUUUAUUCCACUAACACUGCAAAGGCCUCAGAGGGGGGAGAAGUCUGUUCCAGACGUGUUGGGAAUGCCCCCAAGGGAAUUGGUGUUUCACCUGGUUGCCAGGAAACCACCCCAGCUUCCUUUAAAACAGGUAGCUUGCCUGGAGGCUGGCAAAAUGCCAACCACCAGGACAGCUACUAUGGUGGUUACAUGGCAGACGGCCACAGAGACCCAAGGGGGGUGACAUCAUCCACCUCUUGUAGCCCAGGGGUAACGCUGGAGAGGAGGCAGGGCAGACAGCACUCCCUAGAGAAUCACAGCCUCCAUGUCUCCUCUCCUCGAAAAUAUGGAACAGACUAUAAACAGCAUGCUAGUAGUGCUACCAGAAAGAGCGUUGAAUCUUUGUUUGAGACCUCGAGUCCAAGAAUGAAACAUGAUCAUAUGAGUGCCAGGCUGAGGUCACCCUCUGAGGACAGCAGUAGGCUUUUCAAUGCCAAACUGGAGCAGCUGGCUAUCAGGACUAAUUCCCUUGGUAGAACCCCAAAAAACUUCCCAACUCUGGACAGGGACAGUAGUAACACCUCUGUGAGCUCUAAGGGUAGUUCCAAGGGAAGUGUUGAAUGGUCUUGCAAGGGAGCUUAUAAAGGACAUAAUGGGGGAGAUUGUACCUUACCAAGGGCUAGCAGGAGUCCCAGGAAGAAUCCCCGGCCUGAACAGAGUUGUCACUUCUUUGCUUCUGAAGACUCUUUAACUCAAUCUGCUAGGCAUACCCAUUCCAAGCUGUCUGCUGUAGGGAAACUUAAGAUGGCUAGCCCCAAAGUCCGUCGACUCUCUGCCCCCAGCAUCAAGAACCUUAGUCUCCCCCACAAAGGUCUGAGGCAGUCCAUCAACCGGAGUGCCAGUCUUUCACCAGACUGUAAAACUGUUAGCUUUGAGCGGACAUCUUCCUUUCUCUCCUCUUCCCCUCCACGCUCUUUUCACUCCAUUAGUCGGACUCCGAGCCAGAGCUCCACAUGCUCAUCCACAAAAUCUGUCAUUCAAGGGUUUGUCAACGGAAGGAUCUCAGAUCUCCUUAAGGAAAGGGCCUCCAGCCCCACUUCAGCAGGACUAGACCAAAUAACUACCAUUCCCUCGCCAUACAGUCAGGUGACUGCUCCCCGCACGCCUGAUCACCUAAGUGGGCAUGCAAGUGACACCACAAGUGUGUUGAGUGGAGAUUUGCCACCAGCUAUGGGGAAGACAUCCUUGAAUUUUUCUAACAGGAGCAGUACGGUUAGCAGUGGAUAUGACAGCAUGAUGAGGGACAGUGAAGCCACAGGCAGCAGCAUCUCAACCAGAGAUUCUGUCAGCGACAGGAGCGGGUCUCUCCUCAGUGUGGCUCGCAGCAGCCGAUCAUCUCGGAGGAGAGGCAACACAGGUACUCACCAGCGUCGUGUUUCCCAUGACACACCUCUGUCCCUAAGACGUUCGGCUAGUGGUCUGCGGUCUCGUUGGGUCGGGGAUCGGGGAAUCCCAGAGUCCUACGAGAUCAAGGUCUAUGAGAUCGACAAUGUGCAGAGGAUGCAGAAAAGAGCAGGUGCUGGCAAACAGGGGUCGGCAUGCUUCAACGCCAAACUGAAGUUUUUGGAGCACCGUCAGCAAAGGAUCUCAGCGGUCCGGGCCAAAUACAACAACCUGAGGAGAGAGCUAGAGCAAGCCAAACACAACCUCAUGCUGGAGCCCGCCAAGUGGAACCAAGAGUUAUCCCUUUGCUGUCCUUCUCCAGUCGACCUCUGGCAGACCUUCGAGGUGGACUCCCUAGAGCAUCUGGAGGCCCUUGAAGUGGUGACGGCUCGGCUAGAGGACAGGGUCAACGUCUGCAAGGCCAACGUCAUGAUGGUCACCUGCUUCGACACCAGCACCAGGAAACGGCACAAGAAGCGACGGAGACGAGCGCCAGAGCAGAGAGCCCUGAAGGCAAUCUGAAUCCUCUUUUCCUCCUGUGUUUUAUCUAGUAGCACUGACAUUUUUGGAUGAUAUAAUCAAAAUGUGUACACCUGAAACACACUUUAAUGCACAAUUUAUGUUCUCAGCACACACUACGUUACCUCUGGUCCCUUUGGAUUAACCAGGGAACUCAGAUUAGAGUCACGUACAAAGGGCUGAUACUCACUACAGUUUCUAACCUUUCUUUCAAACAUUUUGAAGAUCCAAAAAAAUGUCAUGACCUUAAAAAGGACUUGCAAGUAUCAACUCAGCUCAGUGUAGCAUUUAAUGCCAACAGGUCAUUUUAGUGUAGUUAAUGGACAAAUAUUGUAAUCUUUCAUCUCCUGGCAGAGAAUCUGAGUAUUCAGGUCAGAAAACUUUGCUUUAAGGUGACAAAAAACACACAACAAAAGAAAGGCUCCCUUUGGAUUUAAUAUAGACAGUACACUUGAUAUUAGAUAGAACUGUAUAGAAAGUUAACAUUUUUGCAGGGUUACUCACUGAACACUUUUAUCAGUUUGUUUAAGGCCAUUACUGGACGAUUUGACACAUACCUCAUACCUCUUUUUACACAUGACUGUUAAAGCAAAAGUAGCUGUAUUAUUUGAAAAAAAAUUUCACCACACACACUUUACUGUGAUCUUUCAUUUUUUAAAGCUUCUUAUAUGUUGAACUUCUGAUUUGAUGAUCAAAUGUGAUUGCAAAACUUAAAGCGGUCUCAGACCCAUUAACUAUCUUGAAAAUGUUAUUUUCUGAAAAGAGUGUUCAAAAGCAAAUAUGCCAUUUUGUAUAUAGAUUUUGGUGCUGAAUACAAUUCUGAAAAUUAAUUUGUGUGUUUCAAAUCUUUUGAAACUAAUGUAAAAAUGCUAAUAAUUAGAAGGAUGCUGGGUUGAGGUGUUUUUUUUAGGGAUCAAAGCUGUCAGUAAGCUGUGGAAAAAGUGACUGAGCUGUCUGAGAAGGACGGGUGCCCAGUGAUCAAUAAACUGGCUGUUAGAACACAUUAGUAAAUGUUUGGCGGCAGAAUAAAAAUGUGGAUUCUACUCUCAGUGUAAUGGAGGAGUAAUUACAUUAAAGGAAUAACGUCAUCAUGUCUGUAGAACCUCAUGGCUCUGAAGCCAUUGAGCCAAUAAGAGAGGAUGGAGUGAUGCAUACUAAUCAAUGCUAGAUUUUUUUUUAUACCUGGAUCGAUGCAUUUAAAUGUACAGGACACACACACACACACACACACACACACACACACACACACACACACACACUGGAAGUCUGUUUUGUGAAUCCUAUUAGUCAGCAUGUUGUAUGUCACUGUUAAUAAAUGAC